AUGACCAAAGAUAAUGAUGAUAACGAAGAGAAUCAUUAUUAUAAAUGUGGCAUACGUGUUAAUCAUGUAAAAAUCUUGGAUGAUACUGAUUUAAAAUAUAUCAAUGAAUUAUGCGAAAAUCAUUCCGGUUGGAAUAUUGCAUAUAAUAAGGGUAUUAUUAAAGUAUGGACUAAACCAGUUCCGGAAUCUAAUCUUCAUAUGAUUAAAGCGAAUGCAAUACUAACCAAUAUGUCAGCAUCAAUAGUUUAUGAUGUUUUACAUGAUCCACAAUAUAGGCCUAAAUGGGAUAAAUAUCAUCGUAAAACAAUUGAUAUAGGAUUAAUUAAUCCUAAUAAUGAUAUUUGUUAUUGUGCUGUAGGUAUGUCACCGUUGCAGGUACGAGAUUUUGUUCUCCAACGAUCAUGGUUGGAUAAUGGUAAGGAGAAAUAUAUUUGUUGUCAUUCAGUGUCUCAUGAGAAAUAUCCACCUAUUAAAGGAUAUAUCAGAGGUAUUGUAUAUUUAACAGCAUAUUAUAUCCGUGAUAUGGGUCAUAAUGGUUGUCAAAUUACCUACAUCAAUCAUUCAGAUCCAAGAGAUAUGAUAUAUAUUUUUUUUUCAGGAAAAGUACCAAAAUGGCUAACCAAUCAUUUGGCUAAAGUUGUUGGACCAAAGCUUAUCAAAAAGUUACAUAAAGCUUGCUUGAAAUAUGAACAUUGGAAGCAAAAUAAUUAUCCUAAUUGGAAACCGUGGAUUUAUCCGGAACAACAGAUUAAUCUUGUACGCAUAAAUCUUUCUGAAUGUCAACCAAGAAACUAUGAUACUAACGAAACUACAGCCGGAAUUGAUGAAAGUGGUGUCAGUUGUGAUAAUAUCGACGAUGUUAAUAGUGCGAGUGAUGAUGAUUGA